CCGGCCAAGAUGUCUGACAUGGAGGAUGAUUUCAUGUGCAAUGAUGAGGAGGACUACAACCUGGAAUACUCUGAAGAUAGUAACUCUGAGCCAAAUGUGGAUUUGGAAAAUCAAUACUAUAAUUCCAAAGCAUUAAAAGAAGAUGACCCCAAAGCAGCAUUAAGCAGUUUCCAAAAGGUUUUGGAACUUGAAGGUGAAAAAGGAGAAUGGGGAUUUAAAGCACUGAAACAAAUGAUUAAGAUAAACUUCAAGUUGACAAACUUUCCAGAAAUGAUGAACAGAUAUAAACAACUGUUGACCUAUAUUCAGAGUGCAGUCACAAGAAAUUAUUCUGAAAAAUCCAUUAAUUCUAUUCUUGAUUAUAUCUCCACCUCUAAGCAGAAUUCUGAUUUUUUAUGUCAGAUGGAUUUACUGCAGGAAUUCUAUGAAACAACACUGGAAGCUUUGAAAGAUGCUAAGAAUGAUAGACUGUGGUUUAAAACAAACACAAAGCUUGGGAAAUUAUAUUUAGAACGAGAAGAAUAUGGAAAGCUUCAAAAAAUUUUACACCAGUUACAUCAGUCCUGCCAGACUGAUGAUGGGGAAGAUGACCUGAAAAAAGGUACACAGUUAUUAGAAAUAUAUGCUUUGGAAAUUCAGAUGUACACGGCACAGAAAAAUAACAAAAAACUUAAAGCACUCUAUGAACAGUCACUUCACGUCAAGUCAGCUAUCCCUCAUCCACUGAUCAUGGGAGUCAUCAGAGAAUGUGGUGGUAAAAUGCACUUAAGAGAAGGUGAAUUUGAAAAGGUACACACUGAUUUUUUUGAAGCCUUCAAGAAUUAUGAUGAAUUGGGAAGCCCAAGGCGAACCACUUGCUUAAAAUAUCUGGUCUUAGCAAAUAUGCUAAUGAAAUCAGGAAUAAAUCCAUUUGACUCACAGGAGGCCAAACCCUACAAAAAUGAUCCAGAAAUUCUAGCAAUGACGAAUUUAGUAAGUGCCUAUCAGAAUAAUGACAUCACUGAAUUUGAAAAGAUUCUGAAAACAAACCACAGCAACAUCAUGGAUGAUCCUUUCAUAAGGGAACACAUUGAAGAGCUUUUGCAUAACAUCAGAACACAAGUGCUCAUAAAAUUAAUUAAGCCUUACACAAAAAUACAUAUCCCUUUUAUUUCUAAGGAGUUAAACAUAGAUGUAGCUGAUGUGGAGAGCUUGCUGGUGCAGUGCAUAUUGGAUAACACUAUUCAUGGCCAAACUGAUCAAGUCAAUCAACUCCUUGAAUUAGAUCACCAGAAGAGGGGCGGUGGCCGAUAUACUGCACUAGAUAAAUGGACCAACCAACUAAAUUCUCUCAACCAGGCUGUAGUCAGUAAACUGGCUUAACAGAGAACAAGCUUUUACAGACAUACUUAAGACAACAGUGCAGAGAUGUAAUCCUUAAAAGAACUGGGAAUGGCAAAACUACUGUCGGUUGAUGUGUCCUGAAAAUUAUUGGAGUUAUGGCAGAAGUGCUUCUUUUGAUCAACUGGUUUGUGUUUUGCUGCUGCAUUUAUCCCAAGAAAAACAGCUUUAAUCUCCAGAAGAAAACCAAAAUGCCAUGGGAUUUAUGCUAUAUUGACAUCUUGCCCUAAACAUACAACAUCAUAGUAAUUUGUCAUGGGCAACAUGACCAGAGAGAAGAUUUUUGUCAUGAUUUUAAAUACACUGACACGCUACUGUUGGUUAAAUUUAAACACGUUUUACCUACAGAAAUUCUCUCACAAAUAACCUGCAAUAACUUGAAAUGCAUAUACUUUUGAACACUUCCUUUUCUCAUGUAUAAAUUAAAAUGUUUGCUGCAUUUUGCAAAAUGUCAAUUCUCCAAAAACGUGUCCAUAUAUUUCUGUACCUGCAGUGUAGUUAAAGGUUUAGAUGAAACCCCAUAAUGAUAGUGACAUACUGUCACUUAGGUUUCAAGCAGCAAAAUAAACAGUGCAGCUCAGAAAUUGUAAAAAAAAAAAAAAAGAA